GGCGGUUUGACCAUAGGACCCGGACAAGCUAGCUUGUGCCCGCGCAGCUAAGUGAAUGGGAUGGAGCCGGGACCGUCUGGCGCUGAGCCCAUGGAGGACUUCCCCCCACCCCCGCAGCAGGUGUUCCAUGCCCCCCGCCGGCCAGGCAUGGGUACCGUGGGCAAGCCCAUCAAGCUGCUGGCCAACUACUUUGAGGUGGAGAUCCCAAAGAUUGACGUCCAUCACUAUGAGGUGGACAUUAAGCCCGACAAGUGCCCGCGGAGAGUCAACAGGGAGGUGGUGGAAUACAUGGUGCAGCACUUCAAGCCCCAGCUCUUUGGCGACAGGAAGCCAGUGUACGACGGCAAGAAGAACAUCUACACGGUGCUAGCGCUUCCUAUUGGGAGUGAGAAGGUGGAUUUUGAGGUAACCAUCCCAGGUGAGGGCAAAGAUCGAAUCUUCAAGGUGUCCAUCCGUUGGCUGGCCAUAGUGUCAUGGCGCCUGCUGCAGGAGACUCUGGUCAGCGGUCGGCUGCAGGUCCCCCUCGAAUCGGUCCAAGCUCUGGAUGUGGCCAUGCGCCACCUGGCCUCUAUGAGGUACACUCCAGUGGGCCGAUCAUUUUUCUCCCCACCUGAAGGAUACUACCAUCCACUGGGUGGGGGGAGGGAGGUCUGGUUUGGCUUCCACCAGUCCGUGCGCCCCGCCAUGUGGAAGAUGAUGCUUAACAUUGAUGUGUCCGCCACAGCCUUCUACAAAGCCCAGCCCGUCAUCGAGUUCAUGUGUGAAGUUUUGGACAUCCGUAAUAUCGACGAGCAGCCCAAGACCCUCACGGAUUCGCAAAGGGUCCGCUUCACCAAGGAGAUUAAGGAUUCUUCUUCUUCUUCUAACUACACCACUUUACACCACUCGAUGUUGGCGUCGCCAGGCCUGAAGGUGGAGGUGACUCACUGUGGCCAGAUGAAGAGGAAGUAUCGUGUCUGCAAUGUCACCCGACGACCUGCCAGCCACCAAACGUUUCCCCUCCAGCUCGAAAGUGGGCAGACAGUAGAAUGUACAGUGGCCCAGUACUUCAAGCAGAAGUACAACCUGCAGCUAAAAUACCCCCACCUACCCUGUCUACAGGUGGGGCAGGAGCAGAAGCACACCUACCUGCCUCUGGAGGUGUGCAACAUUGUAGCAGGUCAGCGAUGCAUCAAGAAGCUGACGGAUAAUCAGACGUCCACCAUGAUCAAAGCCACAGCUCGCUCUGCACCCGACAGACAAGAGGAGAUCAGCAGGCUGAUGAAGAAUGCUAACUUCAACCUGGACCCGUACAUCCAGGAGUUUGGGAUCAAGGUGAAAGAUGAAAUGGCUGAGGUGACGGGGAGGGUGCUUCCAGCCCCUAUCCUGCAGUACGGAGGACGGAACCGUGCCAUCGCAACCCCCAACCAGGGCGUGUGGGACAUGAGGGGAAAGCAGUUUUAUAACGGCAUCGAGAUCAAAGUGUGGGCCAUCGCCUGCUUUGCCCCUCAGAAACAGUGCAGAGAAGAGGUGCUCAAGAACUUCACAGACCAGCUGCGGAAGAUCUCCAAGGAUGCUGGGAUGCCGAUUCAGGGCCAGCCGUGUUUCUGUAAAUACGCCCAGGGAGCGGACAGCGUGGAGCCCAUGUUCAGACACCUGAAGAACACCUACUCCGGACUGCAGCUCAUCAUCGUCAUCCUGCCGGGGAAGACUCCCGUCUAUGCGGAGGUGAAGCGUGUGGGAGACACCCUGCUGGGCAUGGCCACGCAGUGCGUCCAGGUGAAGAACGUGGUGAAGACGUCCCCUCAGACCCUCUCCAACCUCUGCCUCAAGAUCAACGUGAAGCUGGGCGGCAUCAACAACAUCCUGGUGCCUCACCAACGGUCAGCAGUGUUCCAGCAGCCGGUUAUCUUCCUGGGAGCAGACGUCACGCACCCCCCUGCUGGAGACGGCAAGAAGCCCUCCAUAACUGCUGUGGUAGGCAGUAUGGAUGCUCAUCCCAGCAGAUACUGUGCCACAGUGCGAGUCCAGAGGCCCAGGCAGGAGAUCAUUGAAGAUUUGUCAUACAUGGUGCGCGAACUGUUAAUUCAGUUCUACAAGUCGACCCGGUUCAAGCCCACCAGGAUCAUUUUCUACAGAGACGGAGUUCCUGAGGGACAGUUGCCACAGAUUCUCCACUACGAGCUCCUGGCCAUCAGAGACGCGUGCAUCAAGCUGGAGAAAGACUAUCAGCCAGGCAUCACUUACAUCGUGGUGCAGAAACGCCACCACACACGCCUCUUCUGUGCCGACAAGUCUGAAAGGAUUGGGAAGAGUGGGAAUAUUCCUGCAGGUACUACGGUGGACACGAGCAUCACUCAUCCCUUUGAGUUUGACUUCUACCUGUGCAGCCACGCGGGCAUACAGGGCACCAGCCGGCCGUCUCAUUACUACGUCUUAUGGGAUGACAAUCGGUUCACGGCUGAUGAGUUGCAGAUUCUCACCUACCAGUUGUGCCACACCUACGUGCGCUGCACCCGCUCGGUCUCCAUCCCCGCGCCAGCCUACUACGCCCGUCUCGUGGCCUUCCGUGCCCGCUACCAUCUGGUGGACAAAGAGCAUGACAGUGGAGAGGGCAGCCACGUGUCUGGUCAGAGUAACGGUCGGGACCCCCAGGCGCUGGCCAAAGCUGUUCAGAUUCACCAAGACACCCUGAGGACCAUGUACUUCGCCUGAGCUACACCACCCAUUCCCACCAUCGACCCCCUCCCACUCAUUUCUACCUGAGUGGCCACACAGCCCACCGCCACCUCAUCCCUUAUUGCAAAUGACUGCCCACCAGGCAGACUCCCCAGAAGCUACAAACACAAGGCCCAUCACAGGCAGACUUUACAGCCGCAUGCACUCAAAACGGUUAUGAAUAUUAUUAUUACAUUAGCAUUUUUAUUGUUUUUACUUUACCAGGACUGUUGCUCUUUUGACGGGAACGAGUUUUUAACGUGGGUAUUAUUAUGUUAUCGUUGUUAUGAACUACAUUCAUGUUUUUGUUUUUGUUUUUUUUAACUGCCUGAGGUAUGUACAUUAGCACUUAGUGUUAGCAUGUAGGUGCUACCAGUCCUGCACAUAAGAGUUUGUUAGCACAUGUGAGGCUAGCCCUCCGGUCUUUCUAUUAGCGGAGACAGAAAGCGCAGGUGUAGCGUACCGUAGACACGGGAGAGAGGUCCUGCAGCGCUCUCCGUGCUGGUCGGCCAGUCCCUUCUAGAGGCACGCUUACCAUAACGAUAGAGGGACCAUUUGCAUCGCGUUUAUCAAAUAUACUUGCACCCCAUGCACCUAAACCAGCGUUAUUAAACAGCCAAAAGUGAUGCCAACCAAUGGAAAAGGGGCACUUCAACAGGAAGAUAGUCUCUCAUUUCUGUAUGCGUUGCUCUUUAAGUCUUUACGAGGCACUUUCUAAAAAAAACCUGUGACUUAUUGAUUUGUUUUUACUUCCAAAUAGUUCAGUAGUGUUGUCUGUCCUGAGGCGAGACAUCCACACCUGCGUAGCUUUACAAACCAGUCGGUAACUAAGGCAAGGUCAACACUCUUCUGUCGAUUUGAAUGCAGGCAAAUAUAAAGUCUGAGAUCACUUAAGUUGCUGCGAAGCGGAACUCGCGUUCAGCAAAUUGACCUCGCUCCGAUCAUUCUGCACAUUCCAACAUGUAUCAGUGGAGAUGACUCUACAGGGUGCACUCUAAACUUCCACACACACACACACACACACACACACACCUAUCUCAGUGUUUACUUUCCACAAAGCUCUUCCCUCUGCAGGCAUUUACAACUCAUAGCCUGAAUAGCAGAAGCACCCACACACACUUAGCUGCCCUCUCCGUCUCUUUCUCAGCAUGUAGUGACACCAACCUCUUCAAAUGCACUUGUCCCCUUAUCUCCCUCCGAGCCAAACUAUCACUAUCGUCACUCUUUCCAUCGUCACCUAUCCUCAAAUUUUAGCAUCACACACACCUGCAGCAUCCCCUGCCCCAAUCCCCUAGCUUGUGUUAGCCAAUACCCAUUGGUGCUCUGUGUGCAUGGGCGGCACAGGUAGGGGAUUGCUACUUUGGACAGGGUGGGCCACUGUUACUACUACGUAAUACGCCCUGCCUUUACAUCUAGUCACUUUCUGGAUGGAGGGGAAAAAAUGCAUGUAAUUCUUUUUUUAUGACUGGAUAUUCUAAGCCACCUUAUUUUGGUUUCCUUACACACUGCCUGUCGGACGUUUUGCCUCUAUUGUGUAACAGCUAUGAAUCCUGCUUUUUCCUUUGUUAUUAUUAUUAUUAUUAGGAAUAUUGUGACUAGUGUCAGUGUUUCCUCAAGAGGGCAUUGUGGAGACGGCCUCACAAUUCCACCUCAGUUGCCCUUUAAGCGCCUCAAAUCUCGCCUGAUAAUCUGAAAGGUUUUGAGCUGAAAGAGAUCAAAAGAUAAUGGAUCAAAUAAGUUUAGAUUUUAAAACAUGUUUAUUAACUGGCAGAAUCAAAAUGCCUUUGUACGCCGUUUUACUGAUCCGUCUUUGUGUCCAAGGUAAUUUGUAUUUAUAAAUAAUAUGUAAUAUCAACCUGUUAUGUAUUUUGGCUCACCGUUUGCCAGGUUUUUUCACACUGUUUUACCCCCCAUCAUAUUUAGGUAAAUAAGAAAAGAAAAAAGAGGUCUUGGGGCAUUUCCCAGUGUCACUGAAACCAGAUGCAGUUCUUCACUCACUGAAGCCACAAAGCACCUUGCAAAGGGGGAAGACGAAAUGGCAGUCGCCCUGGUAAUGCAUCAUGUGGAUACCGGAGAGUCCUCUCCACACAGCCUCACUGUCUGACGAAGCAAUACCGACGCCACGGAUCACAAACGGUCCUCACCAUAGCACUUCCCAAUAGAUUUGAAUGAAAGGACAUGGAAGCAUAUUAUUUUUUGGCUCUGUAUGUCAUGGGAACUCUGUUGGGGGCGGGUUAUUUUUUAAAGAAAAUAAAAUUGUUUUUUAUUACUCCU